GCAGGCGAGUGAGGUUGUGUUCGAAGGGUCGGGGGAGUGCAAACCGCCACGCGUCUCCGUCGUCCUGGUGAUCGACACCGCGACGCCAUGGAAGCGUAGCAGCUGCAGCCGCCGUCUCCGUCGCACCUGUCACCUCAUAAGCUGCGAGGCUGCUCAGAAGACUGCCCGACGCGUCCCAGCUGGUGGCCCGCGGCUCCAUCCUCUUCUUCUUCCUUACUGGGAAGACUGGGCGACCUUGGCUCCUCUUGGCAUCUCGUCUUCCUCCUCCACACCCGCACUGCCUGCAUCUUGUUUAUUUUCCCGCGGCUCGCCACGUGGGAUCGCCCGGGGCGGCGUGUUUGUGUGGAAGGAGCAGCAUGCCGCCGCUGUGAGAGCCACCUGUCGGCGCGCGGCCGCACCACGACCACCUGAUGUACCUGUCGCGGAUAUCGGAGGGCGCCACGGGCGCGCCUCUCAAGUCGCCGGCCGCCGACGUCAACGAUGACGUCAUGGAGGCGUGGAGCGACAUGAUGGAGGCGGACGGCGAGUCCCUGCGGGAGCGCGUCUCGCAGCUGGAGCGACGCGCGCUGUCGCAGGCGGACGAACUGGUCUGCCUCCGCGCCACGCUGGCGGACGCGCUGCGCAGGUUGGCAGCCCUGGAGGCCCGCACUGGCCAGCCUGCACCCUCCGCCUCGCCGGCCAUCACCACCUCCUCCUCCAGCGGCAGCCAACAGCACCACGGCACCCUCACCAGGAACGGCGUGCGCGGAGCGUCGAACCACGUGGGUUCAGCGACGACGCCGCGCCUGCGCCAGCCACAGUACCAGAACCAGGGGGACGCGGGUUCGAGCUCGGUCAGCAGCAGCCGCGACGCCGUGCGGCGAGCCUCCAGCUACGCGCCGUCCUCGCUGCCGCAGAGGCGUGCAGUGCACUACCAGUCGACGGGCUCCCUGCACUCUGACAGCCCCAGCUCGAGCAGUGCUUCGCCAGUGCCCACGUCUCCACCCCCGCAGCAGGUGCCUCCGCCACAGCAGCCUCAACCGCCCCCGCGGGGGCGCGCGUCACCCACUGCGUCCGGCCUGGCACUGUCCAAGCGCUGGAGCUCCACAGGGGACUUUGGUCACGCGGGCAUCGUGCAGUCGGCCACACCCCAGCACCAGCCACAGUAUCACCACGGCAUCGCCUCCAGACUUGCGACCAAGUCUCUGUUUAAUCUGCACCUGCGCUCUCAAAUGCAGGGACAGCACCAGCUAAAGCACGGGACGAGAGAUGCGAGCUACAAUGAGGAGGAGGGCACGGUGCGGUUCUUCUUGCGGGGGCGGCCCAUCAUCCUGCACGCACCUUCUCCUCUCAUUGAGGGCUUCGACCUCAGCAAGGUCAACCCGGCGCCUCACACCAGGCUGAAGCUUGAGUGGGUGUACGGCUACCGAGGGCGGGACUGUCGCUACAACCUGCAGCUGUUGCCAACUGGUGAGAUGGUGUACUUCGUGGCGGCAGUGGUGGUGCUGCACAACGUGGAGGAGCAGAGCCAGCGGCACUACCUGGGACACACUGACGACGUCAAGAGCCUGUGUGUCCAUCCAAACAAGUUGCUGGUAGCAACAGGUCAGACAGCUGGGCACGACCGCCGAGAAGGCAGGUCAUGGAGACUGAAUCCACCGCCUGACAGAAAUGCUCCGGAGGCGGAGAUGUGGCCUCACAUCCGGAUCUGGAAUUCGGUGAGCCUGGCCACUGUCGCAGUGAUUGGCAUAGGCGAGUUUGAGCGCUCCAUCUGCUGUCUGACAUUCUCCAAAGCAGAUGGAGGGACCCUGCUGUGUGCAGUGGAUGAAGCCCCUGACCACAACAUCUCCAUCUGGGACUGGCAGAAGAGCCACAGGAUCACAGAGACCAAGUGUUCUGCAGACACGGUUGUCGCAGCAGAGUUCCACCCCCUGGACAAGAACAGCAUUGUCACAUGCGGCAAGUCGCAUAUCAACUUCUGGACACUCGACGCUGGUGGAACCCUCUACAAACGGAUGGGUAUCUUCGAGAACAGGGAUAAACCAAAGUAUGUCACUUGCCUCGCUUUCACCGGCCAGGGUGAUGUCGUCUCUGGAGACUCCAAUGGGAACGUCAUUGUCUGGGGAAGAGGGACCAACACAAUCUCAAAGUUUGUCCGAGGAGUUCACGAAGGCUCAGUGUUCAGCAUUUGUGCACUGAAGGAGGGCAGCAUCGUGACCGGAGGCGGGAAGGACGGCCGGCUCGUGCAGCUGGAUGCGAGCAUGAACCCGACGGGAGUCGAAGCUCAGGUACCGGAGCACCUGGGCGGCGUGCGGUGCAUAUCGGAGGGCCGCGGCAGCCUGCUGGUGGGCACGACGCGGUCGGCGGUGCUGACGGGCGCCCUGGAGCUGGGGUUGUCGGCGGCGGUGUGGGGCCACGCGGACGAGCUGUGGGGGCUGGCGCGGCACCCCACACUGCCGCAGUUCGCCACCGCCGGCUUCGACCGCCUGCUGCACGUCUGGGACUCCAUGAGCCACUCCACCGUCUGGAGCAAGGACCUGGCAGAACCCUUGCAGAGUGCGGGCUUCUCCCCUGACGGCUCACUGUUGGUAGUGGGCUGCGUGUCUGGUCGCUGGCUGUCACUGGAUGUGGAGACGAGGGAGGUGCUCACAUCCUACACGGACGGCAAUGAGCCAAUACAGGUGGUGCAAUUCUCCCCCAAUGGCCAGCUGCUGGCCCUGGGUUCGCGAGACAACAACAUCUACAUUUACCAGGUGGCAGAUGAUGGGAGAAAGUUCUCAAGAGUUGGCCGGUGUUCGCCGGAAAGGAGACAACGAAGAACCAGCUCUCUGUCUUCCCUGCUGGGCCACUCAAGCUACAUCACACAUCUGGACUGGUCAGAAGACAGCCAGCACAUCAGGAGUAACUCAGGAGACUAUGAACUCUUAUACUGGAAUGCCGGUCUGUGUAGGCAGAUACAGCAGUCCUCUUCGAUGAGAGACAUCACGUGGGCAACAACCAACUGCACCAUCACUUUCGACACAGUCGGCAUCUGGCCGGAGGGUGCUGAUGGCACGGACGUAAAUGGCUGCUGUCGAGCCCACGAGGCUUCGCUGCUCGCCACGGCUGACGAUUUUGGCAAAGUCAAGCUGUACACAUUCCCUGCCUCACAGCCUAAGUCACUUUGCCACAUUUACGGCGGUCACAGCAGCCACGUGACAUCUGUGGCAUUCCUGCACGAUGACUCGCGACUCGUCUCGACAGGUGGGCGUGACACGAGUGUCAUGCAGUGGGCACUGGUCUGAUUCGGCUGAUGAAGUCACAUUGUCAGUGAAUUAUUUAUUCCUAUAGUGAACGGAAUGCAAAACAAGACGUGUUCUUCCCACUGUAACAAACAGAUGAUUGUGUGUUUAUUUUUUUUUAUAAAAAUGAGCUACAGGCACUGUGUCAGUGGAUAAAAUGUGCGAUUAUAAUAGUUCUGAUGUAUUCUGUCAGUAAGUGCUUGAGAAUCUGAUAUUUGGAAUUUUUUAGGGUGUGUCUACUAGAAUAUAAUCACAUUCUGCUGGGACAGUUGAUAGAAUGGAAAUUUCAGUUACAAUACAACAGAUUUCUGAGUAAAGUUAUCAGAAUAUUGUAAUAAUUGGAAGUUUUGAUUAGGUGUUAUUUUUUGUGCAUUUUACAGAUUGUCUGACUCAGGUUCAGAGGUCCUCUACCUGGGAUAUUAUGAAACAAGUGCUCUUUCUCUUCCUCUCAGGGAUAACAAAAAUAUGCCUAUUAUUUAUUGGCUCAUAGGCCUUUUGGAAAUGUUUGUCUGCAGAUUAUAGUAGAACAUUAAGAGCUGUCUUCAAAUACUUGAUAAGAAACUAGAUCUUGCAUUUUUUUUACUCCAUUUUACUGGUGAGGACAAAGUAGAAAGCUGUUGGCACCAGCAACAGAUGUAUAUCAUUUAUGCUUGAGUAAGAAAGAGUAUUUCUGCUAUGCAUAACUGGAAAAUGAUGUGCCUUCUGCAAUUCUUAACUGCUGUGCAGCUGCAAAUGCAUUAAAACUGUGCUAAGUUUGUGAAUAUACACUACAAUUAUGUUGAAAUUUUGUACAGUUUAUUACACUGAGUUUAUGAUGUAUUUCAUGAAAUGUAUUGUGCUAAACUUAAUAAUUUAUUAAUUAAUGUAGUACUGUACAGUAAAAUGUCCAUAAAGCCACUGUUAAUGAACUAGACUGUUCA